GCAAUGAUCAACAAAAACAAGGAAAUAGCCGCAACAUACAUCCCGCAGCCCUCUCUAGUUUAAAAAGAAAGUAUCGGUGUGUAGUUUAAAAAUGAGCUCUUAUGUUGACAGCUCCAAUCUCAGGCAAACAAGCGAGACAACUUCUCCUAACACUAUGUUUAGUUUCGAUCUAUCUGGGCGCAGGUCCAGCCGCUAUGAGGAUGUUAAUGUGAACGGGAUAUUCACUUGUCCCAUCCCCACGACCUCUGUUGAACGGGAGGAGAUGAAAACUAGCCUGCGUGGCAAUACGGAUACUCCUCUCCCGUCAGGACCACAGAUAACCAUGGUCUCCAGUAGCUCGUCCGUGGACGCAAGCGGGCUCAACUACGGCAGCAGCACGCUGCUGGGACGAGGGGCGGACAGAGACCCGGAGAGGAGCGCAAAAUCCGGCGGCAACAAGAGCCACGAGAGCGAAAGAAACGCGGAGAACGCGCAAUCGGUGAAACGCAACACAAAUAUGAACCAGCGUCAGGACAGUGAGCAGCGACCUCAGAUCUAUCCAUGGAUGACAAAACUGCACAUGAGCCACGAAUCGGAGGGUAAGCGGUCCAGGACCAGUUACACCCGCUACCAGACUCUGGAGCUGGAGAAAGAGUUUCACUUCAACCGGUACCUGAGCCGCCGCAGGCGCAUAGAGAUCGCCCACACCCUGUGUCUAAACGAGAGGCAGAUCAAAAUCUGGUUCCAGAACAGGCGAAUGAAGUGGAAGAAGGACUCAAAGAUCAAAGUGAAGGAGUAAAAGUGCCACCGGUGAACGGGGUGCAUGCAGCACGUUUUCAGCCCCACACUGCACAGUGCUGGAGUGCCGCCUGACCUCCGGAUGAACUGCUAGGAGCAAUGACAUCAUGACACCGCUCUGUGUGCUUCAUCACCAAUUAUGUGUCACUUGCUGCAGUUUGGGACCUAAUGUAUUGAAUAUCACUCACUUUGAUCAAUCGGUUUACAUUUCUAAAUUAAUUUGCUGCCCAUGCGAUGAUAACCUCACUUUACUGCACGAAGGGGACAAGAGGUUGAGGGGAGCUGGGUCCUUCACGCUGCAAGGCUUUUGGUCUGCAGUGCACUGAAAGGCUGCACAAUGCUACUAAUAAUCUUUGUUUUUAAUUAGGAUAAGAGUAGUGGAGGCUGGGUGACAGCAUGCAUCAUUUCCAACUCUGUGUCAUCAUCAUCGUGUGAUAAAAACUUUAAGGUCAGCGAAUCAAAUAAAGGCAAAAAACAAAAAACAAAAAAACAAUAAUUCUAACAUGCUUUGGAAAACAAAAAUGAUUAUGAGUUGUCCUGUGAGCAACAAAGUUAAAUCCUUUCCCACCAGUAAAAACUACUUUCUCACCUCUUUCCCUUUUUCUAUUCUUUUUUUUUUUUUAAAUUUACUCUCUAAUACGUUGCAGUGCAAAGUUAGGAAGUGGUUGGAUGUGUGGUGUCUGUUUGUGAGUGGAUUUCUGUGAAGGCACCGUCCUGUCAUAUCCCUGUGAAUCUAAAUCACUGUGUAUAAUU